AUGGAUGGACAACUCAGGAGAACUGUUGAUUGGUUGCGAUCAGAGAUUUCAGAGAUUCCGAUUCUUCAAACUUUGGACGAUAACGUUUCACACGCCGACUUACAAUAUACCUUAGACAGUUUAACACCUACUUGGAGACUCAAAGUUUUCAGUGAAACUAUUGAAAGACUUCGAUUACAAAUAAAAAAGACUUGUGAUGAACUACGAAUUGUAAAAGGCUCAUGGAUCGAUUUACAGCAUGCUAUGAGUUUCAAUUAUACAAGUCUGGCUCUUUAUGGAACGGAAUUAACUAAUCAAGAUUUAAACACGAUUAUCAAGAGUUGGAUCGAAAUGAAAUGGUGUUUAAACCUGAUCUGUUCCAAGGUGAAUUUGGUGGAUCCCGAUAAUUUUUUCGAUGUCGCGUUAGGAGAUAUAAGCCAUGAACGAGGAGAGCCAGUUACGCUUCCUGAUCCUGAGUUCAUACUUUUGGACGGAGGAGUCAACAUAAAACGGAAGAAUGGGUUGAUGGGGUCUGUUCACCUAUUAGAUUCUCCGUUUGGGAUAAUUAUGAGACUCAAAGCUGAUUGCUGGUCUUAA